GAUUAGCAAGCGGUAAUUCAUUGCGGAAAACCCAAUUGUAAAUUGACAUUACCCUCUUCCCUAAUUCAUCGUUUGCGUGGGAAAGAGUCGCGACUUCUUUUUAUUCGGUUUAGUCAUUUUUGAAUAAAUACCCUCCUUAUUGCCAUUUUUCUCAACCUCCUUUUUCCUGUUCUCAUUAUCUUCUCUUCAUCUGUCGCGACCACAAACUAAUAGCCAUGAUAUUUACAGAGAAAAAGCUUCAGGCAUUUCGCCUAGUCAGCUUGGAUGCAUCAUCCGCUCCAUUGUCAGAUAUCCAAUACGUAGAAGCUCGACUUGACCAUAAAACACAGCAGCAUAUCAUCCUCUGGAACGACAUUGUAUCCUCCUACAAGGAUGCAACCCAUAUAAAACAAGAGAAUGUAGUUAUAUCCUUCCUCACGGAUGAUAGCUUUGAAUAUAUAAAGCCACUUCGAAUACGUGCAGAGCUUGAUGCCAUACUGGAUGUGGUAAUCCCCUCUCAAGCUGGCAUCCCAAGGGAGUCAUAUUCAGCUUCAACAACGAUCCAAGAAAAGAGAGAGGAAGAACCGGCUGCCAAAGGGUCCUAUGCCAGCAAUAACGCCAAAAGCCCCAAGGCAGGUAUGAAAGAACCCUCCAGAAGGCAUGGCACUGCAGCUACUUCAGAACAUGCUUCAAGUUACGGAGCUACAAGUUCGGCAAGACCAACAGUUGAGGAAAGAGCAGAGUUGCCGGCAUUGCCGGUUGGUGGAGAGACUCAGCCGAGAGGCGUGGACGAGACACUUCCUAAUAUUCCCAGUGUUACUGAUAUUCCAGAUGACCCCGCUAGUUCUGUUACUCGGAGCUAUUUAAAAAGAAUCCUUGAGCCCAAAGGCGAUCUAAAGGCUUAUUCAGAUGCUAUGAACUGGCUAUCCCUGGUGGCCAGCCGAGGAGAUGCCGUCGCUCAGAACUAUUUAGGCUACGUGCUAUACCAUGGCAAAGGAACCUCCAAUGAUUAUUCGAAUGCCAUCGACUGGUUCACCAGAUCAGCCAGUCAAGGAUAUGCCAGCGCCCAGAACAACCUUGGUUGCAUGUACCAACAUGGCAGAGGGGUUCCACAGGAUUAUUCGACUGCUGUGAACUGGUAUCUCCAGGCAGCCGCUCAAGGAAGCGACAUCGCUCAGAGCAAUCUAGGCUAUAUGUAUUAUCACGGCAAAGGAGUACCACAGAGCUACCCGAAAGCCAUCGACUGGUGUCUUAAAGCAGCCAACCAAGGUAACAUCACCGCUCAGAGUGACUUAGGUUACAUGUACCUUAGUUCACAAGACUACUCGGAAGCCUUCUACUGGCUUAAUAAGGCAGCCAAUCAAGGACAUACUGAUGCUCAGAACAAUCUAGGCUUCAUGUAUUCCCGUGGCGAAGGAGUACAAAACUAUUCGGAAGCUGUCGACUGGUAUCUCAAGGCAGCCAAUCAUGGAAAUGUUACCGCUCAGAGCAACCUAGGCUAUAUGUACUCUCAUGGCAAAGGGGUUUUAACGGACUAUUCGACGGCUGUUGAGUGGUACCUCAAAGCAGCCAACUAUGGGAAUGCCGUCGCUCAGAGCAGUCUAGGCUACAUGUAUUUUCAUGGCGAAGGGGUUUCGCAAGACAAUUCGAAAGCUCUCGACUGGUAUCUCAAAGCAGCCGACCAAGGAUGUGCUGAUGCUCAGUCUGCUAUUGAGUGUUUGCUUGCCUUGACGCUCGAGUGAUAACCACUAUAAUUUAAAUAAUCAUUGUGAGGUUAUGUAGCGAUACCAUUUUUCAUUAUCUAUCUAUCAAUAGUCGUAUCUUUUCCUGUGGUAACUUUAAAAACGGAAUAAGAAUCAAAUGCUA